AUGUCAGAGGGGCAGUUUAAGUAUUCGGAAUACAGGUUGGAGCAAAAUACUCAGCUACUUUUUGAUAGAGAGAAGACUUGGACGAGUACAAACCACUAUAGUAAUAAUAAAAAAGAUUCAGUUUCUAUGGAAGUUGCUUUAUAUGGACGUUUUAAGGCCCAGCAAAGAAUUGAAAAGCGGAUGUCCCAUCUAGAGGUAAAUUAUGGCAUUAUUAAAAGUAAUCUGGAUUUGUAUCCUAAAUCAGAAAAAUCAUUGUUUUUGAAGUAUUUCAUAGUGUGCUUGAAUACUUAA